AUGGCCGAUAGUGAUAGUAGUACUAAUAAUGACACUUCUAAUGAUGAGUAUGAUGAUACCGCUGAUGAUUCUUCUUCUGAUUUGCAAUAUUUUACCUUUGAUCAUAAUAAUUAUAAAGAGACAAGAAUUAAUUACACAAUAGAUUAUGAAGAUUUAUUUAUGACCGAAGAACAAGAUUAUAUCACAGAUUAUGUUACAGAUUCUGAAGAUUUAGUUAUGGCAGAUUAUGCCAUGGAUUCUGAAUGUGAAGAAAUAGAGCCACUAGCAUCACAUUUUCGAGAUACAUUUAAAAAGUUAUAUGUACCUAGUUCACAAGUUUCUGUAGAUGAAAUGAUAGUUCGUUUUUCUGGUCGAAGUAUACAUACUGUAAAAAUGAAAAACAAGCCAAUACCUGAAGGCUACAAAAUAUAUUCUCUAUGUGAUGCUGGAUAUACAUAUACAUUUAUGUUUAGUUCUCGAGUUGAAGAUAAUAAGGAGUUAAAGUUAAUCACUAAUAUUAAUAAAGCUGGAUGCAUA